UCGUCUUUAAAUAUUUAUCGUCAGCUCUGUGCUGCUGCUGCAGCUGCAAAGACAUUCUUGGGAACUUUGAGAAAGCUGGAGCUGAAAUGCACAGCCCUGAAGCGCUGAAAUCUUGCACAGCCCUCAUACUGAGAGGGGAGAGGUAUCAACUAGCACUAGGCAGCACUGAUUUAAAAGACAAAAGAUAAAAGGUUAAAAAAAAAACUUUAAUCCAGCAAACAGUGUUAUUUUUUCUUCUAGAUAUUUUUUUCCUGUUACGUUUUUUAAGUGGAUUUGUGGAGUUCGUCAGCGUGAUGAGGGAUUGGCAUUUUAAGGGUUAAUAAAAACCCAAAGAGGAAUGAGCUUGUGAUCCAAGGAAAUGCAUGCAUUUUGCAAGACGGCACUGAAGAGCGUAAUGUAUUUAAAGGUGCGCUUCAGAUAAUGUACGAGUCUCCGAAGUGCCUCUGUCGUACCGUUGUGAAGAAAAUAAAGUAACUUUGCAGUUUGUGAUUUGUUUGAAAGCGACAUGGCUUUGCAGAAGGAGCUCUGUGAAGAAACAACCAGUUCCGUGUCCGCUCGGUCUAUUUCGGCAGACUUUUGACAUUUUUGUAGGGCAAUAUUAAAUUGCCAAGACAAGUAAGUGAUAUCGAAUAUUCCUAUCGAGACCUGUUUCGGUAUCAAUAUUCUAUUGGAAUAGUGCUCCGUCCUACCGAUGUCCCAGGAAAACGUAGGGACCAAGAAAAGAUCCAAAAGGAAAAACAUGCACCCUCUUACCCCAUGGAGACAUGGCAUAUAGGUUCCUUAGCAGCCGAGUCGUGCCAUCUUCAAGCAGGCUAAGCAGAAGAACCCUUUUCAUCUUCACGCUUUCUCUGUCGUUCGCCUAUUUAUGUUACAGCCUCAUAUUUUGCUCUGACACCAUCAUGCAAAGCCCGAGUUAUGAGCAACACAGGUGCCUGCUGUUCCAGAAUGUGGGGGGUAAAAAACUUCUUCAGAAGUCCCACUAUUGCACCAUGACUCGGGGGGACCCGAAAGGGAUGCGGGAUGCCACCUCGAACGUGGGUUUGACUCAAAGAGGACCCAGCCCGUCCCAAAACCAAAGCAAACAUUCUGCAGCGUUCCUGAACAUCGCGCGGAGUACAGGUGCCCGGGAACAGAAAACCAAUAACAACACUGGCACCCCAAAAUUUGGGAACAAAAAGCUGCCCAAUGCUAUUAUUGUUGGGGUGAAGAAAGGGGGCACGCGGGCUGUGCUGGAGUUCAUCAGGGUCCACCCAGAUGUGCGGGCAAUGGGCACAGAACCACAUUUCUUCGACAGGAACUUUGAUAAGGGAUUAGAUUGGUACAGGAGUCUAAUGCCCCGGACUCUCGACACCCAGAUCACCAUGGAGAAGACCCCCAGCUACUUUGUCACCAAGGAAGCCCCCAAGCGGAUCUCCAACCUGUCCAGAGAUACCAAGCUGAUAGUGGUGGUCCGCAACCCCGUGACCAGAGCCAUCUCGGACUACACACAGACUCUGUCCAAGAAACCAGACAUACCCAGUUUCGAGGACCUGGCCUUCAAGAACUGGAGCCUGGGGCUGGUGGAUACCUCCUGGAAUGCCAUCCGCAUCGGGAUGUAUGUCCUCCACCUGGAGAACUGGCUGCAAUACUUCCCCCUGUCCCAGAUCCACUUCGUGAGUGGGGAGAGGCUCAUCACCGACCCGGCCGGGGAACUGGGAAGAAUCCAGGACUUCCUGGGCCUCAAAAGGAUUGUGACCGACAAGCAUUUCUACUUCAACAAGACAAAAGGGUUCCCCUGCUUGAAAAAGCCAGAGAGCAGCAGCUUACCACGUUGCCUUGGCAAAUCGAAAGGCAGAACUCACGUCCAGAUAGACCAGGAGGUCAUUGAGCAGCUCCGAGACUUUUAUAGGCCCUAUAACUUUAGAUUUUAUGAAAUGGUUGGGCACAAUUUUAGGUGGGACUAGCUUUGAGGGUAUGUAGCUGUACGGUACAGAACAGUAAAUUAAAACGACGUCUUCCAUGCAGUCUGGAUUAUGUCGCUUAGCCACGGGCAUGAAUGCCGGCUCCCCACUAUCAUAUAUUAGGAGCCUUCUGCUGCAAUAUGUAUUCAGUAGUAAUUGGCUGAUGAAUUAUGUUUAAGGCAACAGCGGUUAGUUUAUAUUAACUAAUGUAAAAACUAAUUUAAAAAUCAACUAAAUAAAAUAUUCCAAAGGCAUUUAAAAAAAUAAUAAAAACACUUCACAGUAGCUCCUAAUUCAAGGCGUGAAAUCAAGGCGUGAUUAUUUUUAUUUUGUAUUGUUAUUAUUCAUUUAUUUUUUUAUCCAGAGAUAUAUGUGACAGUACUAGAUAAUAUUCUCAUUCCUUCCUACCAUAUAGCAAUUUUAACAUCUUCUAAAGGAAUCAAUCAUGUCUCCAUUAUUAAUAAUAUUAAUAAUAACAACAACAACAAUAACACGUAGUUAACCAAUGACUCUGCCUGCCGUUAUCACACUGUCAGCAUUGUAUAGAUCAUUCAAGACUGAAAUAGAAGAAGAACUGCAAUUGCUGAAUUUCUGACCUACUAUACUUGGACUGCAAGCUUAAGUGCUUUUAAAUGAUUACUUUUGCUAUAUGAAGAGCUAAUAAAUAAACACAUAAAUACAUAAAUAAAUAAAUAUAACCAUGCAAAUGCUUGAAACAAAUGCCAAACUUUAUUGUAUUGUAACAAUAUCUUGUCCUGUGAAUAAAGCACAGAUUUAUGCUGUGGUAAUAGGUAUUGCACCUGUUCUGUUGUGUCAGGGUGGAAGGGGGGCAUGCAAAUUAAAGAAGACAAACCAUUA